CCCACCGACCAAGUACCAACCACCAAACCAAUUCCCUGCUGCCUCCCACACUCGGCAAAAUCCACUCAGUCCACAGACUUUCUACUCGAGACUUGAGAGUUGAGAGGGAGCCCCCGUUUUGGCCAUCUCAAAGAACCGUCACUCCAGAUUCUUCCAUUUUCCAUUCAGUUCCCAUCCUCCACUCCAAUGGCCUGCUCAGCGGCUUCAACAGCCUUGCUUUCAUCAUCAACAUCCCCAAACCCCCCGAGGCCUUCCAUUUCUCCCAAAUUUUUUUUAUCCUCUCAAACCCUAUCCACUCCUUCCUCUUUCAAUACCCUCCGUAAGUCCUCGUCCUCGUUCUCCUCCUUAUCCCAUGUCCCCUGUUCCUUCUCUUCCCGCUCUUCCUUCCCCAAUCGCCGAAGUUUCGUUGUCCGAGCAAGUGAACUUCCACUAGUUGGAAAUCAAGCACCAGACUUUGAGGCAGAGGCUGUUUUUGAUCAAGAAUUCAUCAAGGUUAAACUCUCCGAGUAUAUUGGGAAGAAAUAUGUAGUCCUUUUUUUCUAUCCACUGGAUUUCACAUUUGUUUGUCCAACUGAAAUAACUGCCUUUAGUGACCGAUACGAAGAAUUUCAGAAGUUGAAUACAGAGGUACUUGGUGUUUCCGUAGACAGUGUGUUCUCGCAUCUUGCAUGGGUCCAGACAGAGAGAAAAGCUGGUGGAUUAGGUGAUUUGAAAUAUCCAUUAAUUUCUGAUAUCACCAGGUCAACCUCAGCAGCAUAUAAUGUAUUGAUCCCAGAUCAGGGAAUUGCAUUGAGAGGGCUUUUUAUUAUCGACAAGGAAGGAGUUAUUCAACACGCAACCAUUAACAACCUUGCAAUUGGCAGGAGUGUUGACGAAACAUUGAGAACACUGCAGGCAGUGCAAUUUGUUCAGGACAACCCAGAUGAAGUAUGCCCUGCUGGAUGGAAGCCUGGUGAGAAGACCAUGAAGCCAGAUCCCAAGCUCAGCAAAGAGUUCUUCGCAGCAAUAUAAUUCCGACUUGAGCCCUAAAAGACUCCAUUGGGAUCCGUGUCAAUUUAACGAGAUUGUAGAGAGUUUUGUGUAGUAACAUUUGCUCAAUGUCCCAAUCAUUAUUAGAGUUUUGGAGCACUUUGUUUGAAUAAGUGGGCUACCGUUGUGAUCAGAAUUAAUAUGAAGUGAAUGUGUUUUGAUAACUAAUUUAGGGCCUGUUUGGAACUUGA